AAAUAUGUUGACAAAGAUUAACAUUGAUUUAAUUGUUCUUAAACCGCUGUGGCCAUAAUACGAGAUCAUCCCUCCUCAUAAGUGGUGGUCGUGUGUCUGGAAUAAAAAUGGCCGCCUCAGUUUGCGCCUCGAUACUGAGGGCAGGGAAAAGUUUGCUAAGUUCCACGCUCCAAGUCAUUCCAAAGUCAUGUGGCCAGUGCGGCGGUCUGGACAGCGUGAUGGCCCAGCAGGUCCGCUAUCGUACCUGGCCGUGCCACAUCAUGGUGCGUGACCUGAAGCGGAGGCGAAUGGUGAAGCAGAUGGGACCAGAACGCAUGCGGAUUAACUCCUUGAGAAAGAACAACAUUAUACCAAGGGACCUUCAGGAAUUAGCGGACAAGCAGAUAGCAGAGAUGCCGUAUGACAGCAGUAUGGUGCGUAUCCACAACCGCUGUGUCGUUACGUCACGUCCGAGGGGAAUCCUGACCCGCUGGCGUCUCAGUCGCAUCACGUGGAGGGAGCUGGCCGACUACAACCUCAUGUCCGGGGUGACGAGGGCGUGUUGGGGGAAAACAGGCUACCCACGGAAAAUUAAGAAAAGGAAGGUCUUGUGGUGACGGUUAAGAGGCCAUAUGAACUAUUAAUUGAUCUUACGAUGAGAACAUAAGCUGAUGGCUAUGGAAGCUACAUGGAUGAAAAGUGUAACAGCAUUUAUGAAGAUUUAAGAGAAUUUAGUGUUGUCUUCUAGUUCAAAUAAAACAUUUCAAAUCUGUUCCUUUAAUUCAUGUUUAUGGAUUGAAACAUUUCAAUUUUUCAGCAAAGCCAUCAUUUACAUGGAUCGAAACAUUGUAAAAGUACAAAC